AUACAGACGCCCUCGGGCCUCGGCCUCUCCCUUAGACCCUCACCAUCCGCCCAACCGCAGCCCUCGUAGACCUUCAGUUUGAGGAUAGAGGUUAGGGUUCCAGAGAUCCAGAGAGGAAAGGAGAGCGCGGCCAUGGAGAAGGAGAUGAGGAAGUUGGUGGAGAUCUGCGCCACCAAGAAGGAGGAGGGGAUCUGCGCCGCCAAGGAGGAGGGGGUGGUCUGCGCCACCAAGGAGGAGGAGGGGAUCGGCGCCGCCAAGGAGGAUUCUGUGAUGUGCGCCGUUCGCAGAUUCUGCGUCGCCAAGGGGGAGGAUUCAUGGUCGCGCGCCGGCUGCAAGAUCUGCGUCGCCAAGACGGCGGCCUUGAACAGGAUCAAGGCGGCAGGCGGGGACAGCAUCAAGGCGGCGGAGGAUUCGGCGUCGCGCGCCGUCGGCGAUAUCUGCGUCGUCAAGGCAGUGCCCUUGGACAGGGCCGUGCCGGCGUGUGCAAACAUGUUCAAAGGCAAGACCAGGCCGGUGGGGGUCUUGAAGAAGACGAUAAGUGUGCCGGAAGCUUACAUCAAGGAUCUGCUGACUGAUCCUAAGCAUACACCCCUCCUUCCUCUCUCUGAAGAUUUCUUAAAGAACAAUCCUCACCUCCGACAGCCUGUGCUAAACGCCGCAGUCGCGACCCUAUCGAGUAUCGAGAAGACCGAGAACAUUCUGUGCCAGUUUUUCGAGAAGGGGUGUGCAGCGAUGGAGGUGGAGGUUGAUUACGACUAUUAGCAGUGUCAGGGUAUACGUCGGAAGUGCUGGGUAUCGGUGGAAAGGAGGAUGAGCGGCAACAGGCAUGCGUGGCCACUGCUCCUGUCCUCGUCCUCAACGAGGAGGCGAGAUGCUGCGGUGAGGUGGUAGCGCACGCCGCCGGUGACCUCGCCGUCUUCCGGUGUCGUCUCCACUCCGAAUAUCCCCGAUGCGGCUGGCCAGGAACGUCAUGAUGCGAGACAGGCAUGGCCGUUUGCUUUCGGCGACGGGGAGAGCGGCGUGCAGCUCGGGCAGCGAGGCGGCGCCGCCGCAGCGGUGGAUGGCGUUGGGGAUCCCAAGCUUGAUCGCACACUGCAGCGCCAUGGAUUUGAGGUAGCCGAAAGCGUGGCACCACAGCUCUGCCUCGGCUUGCAAGAGCUCUUCAGCACCGGAGCUCGUCAUGCUGGAAUGAAUAUUGGAAUUGAUGGGGAAAAAGGACGCAUCCGAAAGAGUACUAGAUGUGCAGGAGACUGCACUUCUUUA